AUGUCCUUCCAAGAACAGUUUCGAAUCGAAGACACGAAUGCCGCCAGGGAUUCCCACACGAUUCAGAGCACGGUCAAGGAUCUGCUCAGUGAUUUCGACGGGCACAUCUACGUUGAUAUUGAAGGACUCGCUGCGACUUUCCUCGAGGCUCGGCCUUGGUCAGGCCCUGCAAUUGCAGUAGCUAGGGAAAUUACCGGGCCACACGGACCGGCAAUCGGAUCAUGCGAGGCUUUUGCUGCCUGGCUCGAGCAUUUACAGACUGUCACUCGACCUUACAAUGUGCCAGAAGAAACAGCCACUCACUUCACGUGGCUCGAAACGACGUCACCGAACUCAUCCCUCAUCCUCUCAAAUUGUGUUCAUGGGAAGGAUGGCUCCAGAUGGUCGAAUGUCCUUGCACUUGGCGAGAUGAGCAUCGACGGGCCCUAUAGGACGAGGUUUCACAAUCUGUGUAUUCACGCCAACGAAGUGUUCACCCAUCAAACUGCCCGCGAGCUCCUUCAUGGUUUCUAUCUUUGUGGAGGCGUGUUGGAAAUAUGGGUGUUCGACCGGGCGGGGAUAUACGGAAGUAAGGCCGUGGACGUCAGAAAGACACCUGGCCUACUGACUCAAACUCUUGCCAGCUAUCUACUCAUGGACAGCGCCUCGCUUGGUGUGGGCGAUUUGAUAAAACAUGACCAUGUGGGGAACUAUAUUGAGUGCGAGCUUGACGGUCCGACUGGGGCGAGCCGGCUGUAUCUUGGCGAGCCGACGAUUUUCGAACGAAUCAGCAAGACCAUUGUCGGCGACGGGCUUACUUGCUAUCGCGCCAAGGCACAAGGUUCUGAUUACUGGAAGUACGCAGUCAAGGUCAAAUGGUCUGAGUCUGACGACAAGUCUGAGGCUGGAUUGCUUAAGCUGGCCAUGGAGAAGCGUGUCUGGGGGGUUAUCCGACUUAUUCAACACCGGAUUGUAUGCGGUACGAGCGACUGGCGUUGUGGUUUGAUCCUUGGUGAGCCUCGGAAAUUCUCAUCCUGGGCAGGCGCGGCCAGACAGGACAGUCCUGGAUCGGCCAUUGACCAUACGGUUGAACUUUCGAGGAACGAGGAGGCCCACGCCGGCGAUGCGCCACACGCAACUAUCGAUGACAGGAUCCUUAACUGUGUCGUCAUAACGCCGCUUGGCGAGUCGCUCCAUCACUGCAAGUCAGUUCCCGGGCUUCUUUAUGCGUUACGAGAUGCAAUAAAGGGCCAUCGUUCGCUGUAUCAAGACGGGGGGAUUCUUCACCGGGACAUAUGCCCCGGGAAUAUUAUCAUUCCAUCGCGUGGCGCGGGCUCUCGUGACAGCCAUGAAGCCAAAGGUGUGUUAAUUGACUUGGAUGUUGCAAAGCUGGUAACGGCGCCAUCGAGACAAUUCGAAAGCGUCGGGACACCACAUUUCCAGGCGAUCGGUGUCCUGCAGGCCUACCUACCCGACAACCCUCAUACCUAUUGGCAUGACCUAGAGGCUUUCUUUUACACAUUCCUCUUCCUUGCGAUAUGCAAACGACCAGUUCCUGCGGGUGAGAACCAACUGCAGCUGCCAGCAACAAGCGCACUACAGAUGUGGAUUCAAGGUCGGCCCGUGGACAAGGCAAACCGCAAGACAAAGGACAUGCAUGCCGAAAACUUCCGCGUCAUAAUGGCUGAGUUUACACCCGAUUUCAAGGGACUCUUUGAAUUGGCGGAGAAACUCAGGUGUCCAUUGUUCCCCAUGAGAGACGGGAAGUUGUGGACAGGGACCGAUCAUACGACCCAAGGCACGGCAGCCCUAUACGACGGGAUGAUCGAGGCUUUUGACAUGGCGGCCAAAUUCGCAUGCUCGUUGUGA